UGCGCCGGUGUGUCCCGGAGGUCGCCCGCGCCGCAGUUUAACCACGUGUGGUGUAACUUAGGGCAUCAUGUUGUGAAGAGAUGGGGGCUGCGGUGGCUCGCGCGGUCAGGAAUUUCAACCUAGAGAACCGGGCGGAGCGGGAAAUCAGCAGAAUGAAGCCUUCCCCCGCUCCCAGGCACCCCUCCACCAAGAACCUCCUGCGAGAGCAGAUGAGCAGCCAUCCAGAAAUUAAGGGAGAAAUUGAUAGAAAAGAUGACAAACUGCUGUCAUUACUAAAAGAUGUGUAUGUUGAUUCCCAAGAUCCCGUGUCUUCUUUGCAGGUAAAGGAUGCCGGAACACAUCAGAAGCCGAAGGAGUUCAGGUUGCCGAAAGACCAUCAGUUCGACAUGAUGAAUGUUGAGAACAUUCCUAAAGGCAAAAUUUCCGUUGUAGAGGCAUUGACACUUCUCAAUAAACAUAAACUUUAUCCAGACACGUGGACUGCUAAGAAAAUAGCUGAAGAGUACCAUCUAGAACAGCAAGAUGUAAAUUCCCUUCUCAAAUAUUUUGUUACUUUUGAAGUAAAAAUCUUCCCCCCUGGAGACAAGAAAGCAAUACAAUCAAAAUGAAGAGAAUCUUGACAGGACUUUUCCUGUCCUUGUCCAAAUGCCCUGUUUAUUUUCCUCAUGUGUAGCAUGUUAAAUUAUAUAAAUUACCAAUUGUGUUGAGUUCCCCUCUGGUGAGAGCUUGCUAUUUAUGAACUCUCUUGAAUUUUCAGGAUGCCUGAUAGGAUUGAUUUUUCUCUUUUAAACUUUGGUUUAGUUUGUGUUCUUAUGUAAUAUCAGCGUGACUAAUCACAUGUAUAAAUUUACUGUAAAUAAAAGUUACUGUAUUUUAAGCAAA